CCUCCCACUGAUUGGCAAUGCCUGGUUGGGAGGAUACCAGGAUUCGUCAGCGUGGAAGUCUUUGCAGCAGGAAGCAAAUUUUCCCAUUGCAGUUUUUGCUGUUCUUGUGUGCUGACCAUUAUCUUCCUCAAAAUCGUGCAGGGUGAAGGUGUGAGCAGGGCAUCCUCAGCCUGACCUGCAGCCGUUUGCACGGGUUCUUUUUCUGUACUAUGAGUGGGACAACAUCAGUGGCAAUGGAGGAUCCUCAGCCCCGGGAAAUGGCAGGCAAACGAGUCCUCAUAGUCUACGCGCAUCAGGAGCCCAAGUCUAUGAAUGGAUCCUUGAAGGACGCAGCAGUGUCUGAGCUGAGCAAUCGGGGCUGCCAGGUUACUGUGUCUGAUCUCUAUGCCAUGAACUUUGAGCCCAGGGCCACAAAGAAAGAUUUUACAGGUCCUUUGAAUAACUCAGACUUCUUCAAUUAUGGGAUAGAAGCACAUGUGGCAUAUAAGAAGGGGAUUCUGUCCAGUGAUGUGAUUGAAGAGCAAAAGAAAGUACAAGAAGCUGAUUUAAUCAUAUUUCAGUUUCCCUUGUAUUGGUUCAGCGUACCUGCCAUCAUGAAAGGCUGGAUGGACAGAGUCCUUUGCCAAGGAUUUGCUUUUGAUUUUCCAGAAUGCUUUGAUAGAGGCUUUCUCCAGAACAAAUUAGCCCUCGUUUCAUUCACCACUGGGGGUGAUGCUGAACUAUACUCCAAAACCGGUCUCAGCGGAGAUAUUAAAUACAUCUUGUGGCCCCUACAGUCUAGCAUGGUGUGUUGCAUUUCUGUGGUUUCAAAGUCCUGGCCCCUCAGGUCAGCUUUGCUCCUGAAUACUCAUCAGAAGAUAAGAGAAAGGAGAUGGUGGCUUCUUGGGCAAGGAGACUGGAGACCAUCUGGAAAGAGCAGCCGAUAAACUGCGCUCCCUCCUGGUACUUUGAAUAAUAACACCUUAUGUUAUGUGAUGGACAGUCUUCUUACCCUUUUUUUGAAGUUGUGAGUAGCUAAUGCUCUGGAGACAAUCUGUUAUAAUCAAUAAAGCUAUAAAGUUUACUUACAAAGUGAA